GCGGGGCCAAGGGGAGUAUCAGCUGAGUGUUGGGAGGAGCCGUGUGGAUGCGCGAGCACAGCGGUGAGAGAGAAAGAGACGGAAGGAUCCCGGUUACACGCACCGCAAUCACGGACUUUCUGUGGGACAAGAGAACCGGCCUGGCUGCGAGAGCGAUGCCGCGCUCCAGACGGUACGGUUGUUCAGAGAGGGGCAGUUCCCAUGAACGUUACAGAAGUCGCAAGCACAGGAGGAGAAGGAGCAGAUCACGGAGCAGUAGUAGUAGUGACAGAGGCCGUGAGCGCAGACACAAGCAGGGUGACAGUUACCAUGAGAGGUCUCGCAGUUAUGACCAGCGCUCAUCAGACAGAAGAGCUUACGAUCGUCGUUACUGUGACAGCUACAGAAGGAAUGACUACAGCAGGGACAGAGGGGACGUGUACUAUGAGACAGACUACCGGCACUCCUAUGACUACAAGCACUCUCGGGACGACAGCUACAGGAGCUGCAAGAGCACUCGCCGGAAACAGAAGCGGAGGAAGCGCAGAACCAGGUCUUAUAGCCAGUCCUCAUCGAGGAGUCGCCAGAGCAGCAGGCGGGCAAAGAGUGUUGAAGACGACGUGGAGGGCCACCUGAUCUAUCACAGCGGCGACUGGCUACAAGAAAGAUAUGAAAUUGUGAGCACACUCGGGGAAGGAACGUUUGGCCGAGUCGUUCAGUGCGUAGAUCACAGGAGGGGAAAUUCCAGAGUGGCAUUAAAAAUCAUUAAAAACGUGGAGAAAUACAAAGAGGCAGCUCGUCUGGAGAUCAACGUUUUGGAAAAAAUCAACGAGAAGGAUCCGGAGAACACACACCUAUGCGUGCAGAUGUUUGAUUGGUUCGACUAUCACGGACACAUGUGCAUCUCCUUUGAGCUGCUGGGCCUCAGCACGUUUGAUUUCCUGAAAGAGAACAACUACUACCCGUACCACAUCCACCAAGUCCGACACAUGGCCUUCCAGGUGUGCCAAGCAGUAAAAUUUCUUCAUGACAACAAACUGACUCACACUGACCUCAAGCCAGAAAAUAUUUUAUUUGUCAAUUCCGACUAUGAGCUGACGUACAACAUGGAGAAGAGGGACGAGCGGUGCGUCAAGAGCACAGACAUCAGAGUUGUGGACUUUGGCAGCGCCACGUUCGAUAACGAGCAUCACAGCACCAUUGUUUCCACACGCCAUUACCGGGCACCAGAGGUUCUACUGGAGCUGGGCUGGAACCAACCGUGUGAUGUGUGGAGCAUCGGCUGCAUUAUCUUUGAGUACUACGUGGGGUUCACCCUCUUCCAGACCCACGAUAACCGAGAGCAUUUAGCCAUGAUGGAGAGAAUUCUGGGCCCCGUCCCCUCACGGAUGGUUAGAAAAACCAGGAAGCAGAAGUAUUUCUACCAUGGACGCCUAGACUGGGAUGAUAACACUUCAGCAGGUCGAUAUGUCAGAGAGAAUUGCAAGCCCCUAAGGAGGUACAUGAUGAUGGAGACUGAGGAGCACCACCAGCUCUUCAAUAUGAUUGAGGGCAUGCUGGCUUAUGAACCCUCCAAACGCAUGACACUGGCAGCGGCUCUCAAGCACCCCUUUUUCAGCCCGUUUAAGGGAGACCCUACACUUAAGCACUGGGACACCGGCCGGGACAUAAGCCGAUGAUUGGAGUGCAUUACCUGCACACUGAGACACUGCCUGCACUGGGAGACGGAUCAUAAGCUGAGAGAGCACUACCACCUGCGCUCACACACCUUCCCAAGCUUGUCAUAAUAAAUUGACAGCCGGAACCUACAGUGCUCUUUCCUUUUAUACCUGAAUGGACUGAACCUUUCUUACAUGUAAAGCUGUGUUAAUAUGUAAGAUACUCUAAUUAUAUGCCUAUAUAAAUAUAUAUAUAUUCUGUACAUGCAACUGCAGCAACUUGCACACAGGCUGUCCUGUAAAUAAUUCCUGCCUGUAACUGCCCCUUCUGGGGUCACUGCGGGUGCUUUGCUGCCCACUUAAUUUAUGUCAGUGUUAGGGAGGAGGGCAGCAAGCUUCUCACGUGAUGCCAGGGAGCAUCAUCCUGUUUUUAUAAGCUUUUGUACAGUCUUUGUGAGAAAUAAACUCAACAUGUUUGUAUGUGGGAUGCCCAAGGUGUGCCACCCUUUCUUUCAACUGCCAAUGUACUCGCUGUGUACAGAAAUAGCUGAAGUAAAGCAUAAAAACCCGC